AUGGAUUGCGAAGCUGUUCUAAUCCAAAACAUCAGUGAACCUUUGUGGAAUCGUUUUAGUGUCGAACUGAAAUUGAAAAAGACCAUCAACAGUUAUCGGCCCGUUUUCAUUUACGAGAGCAAUAUUUGUGAAUUUUUGGGCAAAACUGCAAGGGAGACGCCCAACCUUUUUGCCAUUUGGAUACAAAAUGUUUUGCGAUAUAGCAACCUACCUAAAUCAUGUCCUAUUUUGGCGAAUACCUACAGUUGGCAUAAUUUUCGCAUCGAAAAGAACAGUUUACCACCGGUGGUCUUGGUUGGAUAUUAUCGUGUGAAUUUUACGAAUUUUCUCAAGACCAAUAACGGUAGACUUACCAUAAAUAACUCGACCAUUAUUCUCAUUAUUAAAAUGAAAUAG